GGCGGAGCCAGUGACCGGGAACCAGAUCACCGCUUGAAGCUUUUUUUUAAAGUGAAACGGGCACGAUGUACACCUGAACUUUGUCCCGUCCGUGACAGCCCUUGGAUGGCACCAGCGUGCCCAGGUCAACCUGCCCGACUGUGCUGCUCCCAGAGACAGGCACGCAGGCAGGCAGAGUCAAGAUUUGCUCUCCAGUUUGGGGUAAAAGUUGUUGCUGUUGAUGCACAGCUGAGUGUCUUCUAUGAAGACAGUGUGCAUUUUGACAGAGACCUUGUAGAAUUUGGGACUCAGGGUGGAGUUCAUGUUCACAAGGAUGGCCUGACAGUGACCUCUCCGGUCCUGAUGUGGGUCCAGGCUUUGGACAUCAUCUUGGAGAAGAUGAAGGCUUCGGGCUUUGACUUCUCUCAAGUCCUCGCCUUGUCUGGGGCGGGCCAGCAACAUGGAAGCGUGUACUGGAAGACGGGGGCCGGCCAGGUGCUGACACGCCUGUCACCGGACCUUCCGCUGCGUGAGCAGCUACAGGCCUGUUUCUCCAUCAGCGACUGCCCGGUGUGGAUGGACUCCAGCACUGCAGCCCAGUGCCGCCAGCUGGAGGCCGCUGUGGGCGGGGCCCGGGCUCUCAGCCGCCUCACCGGCUCCCGCGCCUACGAGCGAUUUACAGGAAACCAGAUUGCAAAGAUUUACCAGCAGAACCCCGAGGCCUACUCACACACAGAGAGGAUUUCCUUGGUCAGCAGUUUCGCUGCUUCUCUCUUCCUUGGGUCUUACUCCCCUGUGGACUAUAGUGAUGGUUCUGGAAUGAAUUUGCUGCAGAUUCAGGACAAAGUCUGGUCACAGGCUUGCCUUGGAGCCUGCGCACCUCGCUUAGAGGAGAAGCUUGGCCGGCCGGUGCCAUCCUGCUCCGUUGUGGGGGCCAUCUCUUCCUACUUUGUCCAGCGCUAUGGGUUUCCUCCAGGAUGCAAAGUGGUGGCCUUCACUGGGGACAACCCAGCAUCGCUGGCAGGCAUGAGGCUGGAGGAAGGUGACAUUGCGGUCAGCCUGGGCACCAGCGACACGCUGUUCCUCUGGCUCCAGGAUCCCACGCCCGCCCUGGAAGGCCACAUCUUCUGCAACCCGGUUGACCCCCAGCACUACAUGGCGCUCCUGUGCUUUAAAAAUGGCUCCCUGAUGAGAGAGAAGAUCCGGGAUGAGUCUGCUUCAGGUUCCUGGAGCGAGUUCUCCAAGGCGCUGCAGUCCACGGAGAUGGGGAACGGCGGAAACCUGGGUUUUUAUUUUGAUGUCAUGGAAAUCACCCCAGAAAUUAUCGGGCGCCAUAGGUUUAGUGCAGAAAACCAUGAGGUCUCGGCAUUCCCCCGGGAUGUGGAGAUUCGAGCACUGAUCGAGGGACAGUUCAUGGCCAAGAAGAUUCAUGCAGAGGCGCUGGGCUAUCGAGUCAUGCCCAAGACAAAGAUUUUGGCUACUGGAGGAGCAUCUCACAACAGAGACAUGCUACAGGUGCUUGCAGAUGUGUUUGGUGCACCCGUGUACGUCAUAGACACCGCCAACUCUGCCUGUGUGGGCUCCGCUUACCGAGCUUUCCAUGGCCUUGCAGCUGGAACAGACGUGCCCUUCGCAGAGAUCGUGAAGUUAGCCCCAAAUCCCAGAUCAGUUGCAACCCCAACCCCAGGAGCGUCUCAGGUCUAUGAGGCCCUCCUCCAGCGGUAUGCUAUGCUUGAGCAGAGACUCCUGAGCCAGACCCGGGGGCCUCCAGAGUGAAUUCUGCAGGCCCAGGCCCCCUGACCCCACCUGGAGAUGUGGCCUUGCACAGCUGGGAUCCUCUUCCCUAUUCUGGGCAGCUCUGCCCUUCCCACUUCCCCACCUGAUUUCUUGCGGUGCUCCAGCCCUGCCUAGGACCACCUUAAAGCCCAUCUUAGCACAUCCUCCUGAGUCCAGAUGGGCUGCUCGCAUCCCCAUGCCGUUGUGCCCAGGGCAGGAGGGCAUCUCUCUUUUCCUGUCUUUAUCCCAGGAGGCAAGAUAACACUGAGCUUGGGAUAUAUCCAAGAAAAGUUGUGACUUCUCCCCUUUCAGCAGAUUGGGAAAGACAAAGCAAAAUAAAUAGAUUCUUUCCUCUUUAUUCACCAGUUUUCAGGAUAAGUUGAUCCCCAAGCAUCCUCUGAAAGCAAUUAGGUUUUUAGUAUCAGUAUGAUACAUUUAACUUACUUUGUAUGUCUUAAUCCAUUGCAGUGAUGAUUCUUCUUUUUGUCUUCUGACAGCCAUUCUCUCCAACUUUUCUCCUGCUUUCCUUGUGUGCACGUGUGCGCAGUCAUGUUCAACUCUGGAUGCCAUGGACUGUGGCCACCUGGCUCCUCUGUCCAUGGGAUUUCCCAGGCAAGAAUGCUGGAAUGGGUUACCAUUUUCUUCUCCACCUACUUUCCUUAUUUAUCAUUCAUUCUUUCUUCUUUACUGAGACUUCUGCCCUAUCUACUCUUCAAUUAUUGCUGGGCCCCAAAUCUCUGUUCUCAUUCCUCCUUCCCUCUGAUUCUGUCCCCUCUUGUUGGGUGAUUUCAUCUAGCCUUGGACUUCAGCUGCUCCUUAAAUACUAGUUAUACCCAGCUUGGUGUCUGCAGCCAGAACUCUCUCUGGAGUUGGUCAGCAUUCUCAAAGGGGUACUUCAGAUGCAACUCAUCUUCCCAUGCCCUUCCCCAAACCUCCUCCUCGAGACUUUGUGUUUCAGUGAAUUGGUACCACCAUCUAUCCAUUCAUUCGUUCAGGAACCCAAACUCAGAACUCAGAUAUCUGCUUUCCCACCUCAGAUCCGUCACCAAGUAACUUUGGUUAUUCCUUCAGUAAUCCCUUAAAAGUAGUUCCUUUCUCUCCACCCCUCCCUGUUUUACUUUAGACCCUUUUAUUCCUUGCUGAAAUUAUUGCAAAAGCCUCCAUAGAAAGUCCUCUGUGACCUGCCUCCUGCAAAAUCCUCCAGAUUUUUCUGUUGCCACAGGCCUGUACCUAAGUUGGACUUGGGUUAAACCUAACUACUUGUGGUCUCAUCCAGAGGACACAAAUGCUGCAAUAGGUUUGAGACCUAGAGGAUCAGAGGAGACUGGUGGAAAGUCAAGGGAAGGAGUUUAGAGGUUUAAGUAGGAUAAGAGAUACCACAUCUGAAAAAGAUGAAGUCAUCUUGAAAGGGAGUGAUACCCUUCUAAGCUUGAUGGAUGAAGGCAAAAAAGGAAGCAAAAAGCUGAAGACCACAGCCCAUCAGCAGCAGGUCAAAGAUUCAGAAGAAAAUAGACAACUCUCCCCCACCUCACCACCACUUGGACGUUACUUAUUAAAGAAAUUCCAUUACUGACCAACAAACAAGAAGUCUCCUAUCAAAAAAAAGAGUAAGUUGCUCAAUCCACUCCUCAUUUUACCCCUGCCCCCAUAGAGUUGCCCAUUAUUACAGGGAUAUCAACAUAAACAGAAAAAGGAGCUGAUUAUUUAUACAAGUAUGAGAAGAAAACAAAGUGAGAAUCAUAACUUUUAAGGCUAAUGACAUACUUCACGUAAAAAGGAACAAAGGGUAAAUUAUAACAACCCUCUAACAUGAACUUCAAAAAAUAAGAAACAGUUGUGGCUGUGAAAGAAUACCACAGAUCAGAAAUCUAGAAACUCGGAAUAAAAAUGAAAAUGUGAACAACGGAUAAUGUGAAAAGAGAACGGACCAAACUUGGGGAAGAAUUUGAACAGAAAGAUAAAAUCACCCUAGAUGAUGAAGACUAAAUUACAACAUAUCCAAAUGAAAAUAAGAAUGACCACAAGUACUAUAAAUCAUAUAGAAGAUAAGAAUGAAAAAAGCUAAGGCAGCAAAAACAACGUGAAGAGCUGGAAAGGCCCAGAAAGAAAAUGACAGACAGUCUCCGGAAAGAUCAGGUUGGCAUCAAAAAGCAAGGUAGCAGUAGAGCAAAUGUUCAAGAAACUCAGAUAAAAGUUAUGAACCGAGUGUUCCGUGUCUAGUUAAACUGCCCUUUAUGUAUCAAGGAUUUUUUUUUUAAGUUUUUUUUUUUUUAAAGUUUUAAUCAUGCAAGAGCUCAGGAAAUAUUGUACUCAACUCCUCAGUGUUCUACUAAAACAAGCCUCAUCCAAUUAGAUGAUUGGGGAAACUUCAGCAAAAGGAUUGCUAGUGAGCACUGAAUCCUUUUAGAUCUAAGACCGAAGUGAAAGUGGGGAUUAGGGUAGAAGGAGAGUAUCAGAUGGUACAUGUUUUGACAGGGUAGAAGUAACAACUAAAUUAAAAAAAAGAAGAGGACAGUAUAAAGAGCUGUCAUGAGAAUUCCCUGGUGGUCCAGUGGCUAAGACUCUGUUCUCCCAAUGCAGAAGGCCUGGGUUUGAUCCGUUGUCAGGGAACUAACUCCCACUAAGACCUGGUGUAGCCAAAUAAGUAAAUAAAUAGAUAAAUGUUUAAAUAUAUAAAUAAAUAUAUAAAUGUUAUAUAUAUAUAUAAAACCUCAAAGAGCUCUGUUGCAAAGACAAAAUGUGCAAGUCAAAGGACUCCUGGGGCAAAGGGAAAACAUAAAGCAAAAUUUCAGAGUGUCCAACAAAGUGAUUGAGGGAAUUCCCUGAUGGGACAGUGGUUAGGACUUGGCACUUUCACUGUCUCUGUUCUACCCCUGGUGGGGGAAAUGAGAUCUUGCAAGUUGUACAGCGGGGCAAAAAAAAAAAAUCAAAAUGUUUAAGAUCUAGGUGUAAAAUACUUAUAAAACUUAUAGAAAUGUGUUAAAAAGAAAAAUUAAUGGACAGAAAAAAGAUUGAUAAUGAAAUCUAUAGGAUAUAAUUAAAACAGUGACAGGUGAAGUAUAGCUUUGUAAUACUGUAACAUUGAUAAAAAUAAAACAGUUAAAUGAAUUAAAAAUACGGGAAAAAAAUGUCAAUUCUACCCAAUUUAAAAAAAAUGACACUUUCUUUUU